UCUGUUUUCACUACCAACGAAAAGAGAGUAAUGGUUAUGGUUGGCUCUUUUGCAUCUUUCUUUUCUCCGUUGUCGUCAAGCAUAUAUUUUCCGGCGUUGGAUUCUAUAGCAGUCGCUCUGCAUCGAUCAACUUCAGAUAUCGACCUCACAAUCACAACUUAUUUGAUUAUGCAAGGAAUUGCGCCAAUGUUAAUAGCGGGUUUCUCCGAUAAAGCAGGACGACGACCCGCAUAUAUCAUUUGCUUCACAAUUUAUUUGGCCGCAAAUCUCGGUCUUAGUCUCCAAAACAGCUAUGCUGCUCUUAUGGUUCUUCGGUGUCUCCAAAGCGCAGGUAGUAGCGGCACUGUUGCGCUGGCGAAUGGCCUUGUGGGUGACAUGAUUUCUGCCUCCGAACGCGGCGCAUACAUCGCAUUCGCUUCUGUGGGAUCAAUGUUGGGCCCUUCAUUGUCCCCGAUCAUCGGUGGCCUAAUAAGCCAAUAUUUAGAUUGGCAUUGGAUCUUUUGGUUUCUUCUGAUUUUUUCGGGGACAUUUUUUGCCUUUCUCUUGUUGCUUCUACCAGAAACGUGUCGAAAAGUAGUCGGAGACGGAUCAAUUCCACCACCUCCCUUGAAUAUGUCGCUGACAGACUUUAUUCGACAUCGGAGACGAAAGAGGAAUGGAAUUGUCCCGAACCCCGAGAAACUUGCCGAACUUCGAAAAAAUUAUACUCUGCGCAUACCUUCACCAUUGCCGACGUUGAGGAUCUGCUUAGACUUAGAAACAGGUGCGGUUUUAAUGACGACCGGUUUAAUGUUUGCAUGUUUCUAUGCCGUCAUGACUGGUGCCACAACAUCUUUCCACAAUAUCUACCAUUUCAACAAUAUCCAGACUGCAUUAAUGUAUCUCCCCAUUGGUGGAGGAGGAAUUGUAUCUGCUUUCACAACUGGGCGAAUCGUGGACUGGAACUAUCGCCGAAAUGCGAAACGCGCAGGAUUCCCAAUCUUGAAAAAUGUUCGACAAGAUAUAACCAACUUCAACAUCGAAAAGGCUCGGUUACAGGUCGCUUUACCCACAUACUAUCUGAGUGUGGUAACAGUGAUAGCGUAUGGCUGGGUUGUCGGCCGAAAUGUCAACUUGGCUGCCCCCAUCAUCCUCCUGUUUCUCGCAGGAUGGGGACUGCAAGCGACGUCACAGGUACUCAAUGCACUGAUGGUUGAUUUAUGGCCCGAUCGAUCUGCAGCUGCCACUGCGGCUAAUAAUCUAUUUCGUUGCGAGUUGGGCGCCGCCGCGUCAGCUGCAAUCAGUCCUAUGAGCGCAGCAAUGGGGGAUGGUUGGGCAUACACUACCUUAGGGUUAAUUGCUGUCGCAGCUUCCCCCAGCCUGUGGCUUAUAAUAAACAAAGGUAUCAAUUGGCGACAGCGUAGAUAUCAAAAGCAACAAAAGAAAGCUUCUGAGAAUCGAAAAUAAC